AUGAACCUGAUCUCGUGUACACCCAUUUCCUCCAGCUCUCGCAAUGUUAUCAGGCAAUGGCAAGUAACAAUAAAGUCAUUGUAUUCACUGAUGACUUGUCAGUGCGCAAAGCAUUUUAUGCGCUUGUUUCUAAUUGUUACAACUCGUACGGGUCUUAUUGCCGAUUCCAAUACCAUGCAUCUUAGUGGCGUACUAUCAAUAACCGAUUUCACUAUGAUUUUAAUGAUGCUGUGGAAAUUUCGUGAAAAUAUUGAAGAAAUGAAAGGAACACCCCUAAGCCAUCGUGAUUUUAAUGGAAUGGAUAUUGCAAACAUGAAAAUUAAAAGCAUUUUUCACGCAGUAGAAUUGCUUUCGAAAUAUCGCAUCCAUCGCCUGCCAGUCCUCGACAAGCAUUCAGGAGAUUGUGCCUUUAUCUUGACACAUCGUAGAGUUCUUCACUACAUAUGGAAAUAUUGCUCAAGCCUUUUACGGCCAGAUUACAUGUGUGAAUGUGCCUGCGAUCUCAAAGUUGGUACCUAUACGGGGAUUCAUUAUGCUACUCAGGAAAUGUCACUUUUGGAAGUUCUAGAUAUGAUGAUAGACAAUGGAAUAAGUGGAGUUCCUAUAGUCCAGGAGUCGACGAUGAAAGUAAUUGUUUUAUCGAUAUGUGAUAAGUCAGUAUGUUUAAAAAUGAAUUGGAAAGCACGAAACAAAUGCUAAAU